ACAAUGUUUGUACUGAAUCCAUGCAGGAAGAACAAAAACAUAUGUUAUUAUCAAGUUAUAAAGUAAAUAUACAAAAUGUCAAUAAAUCUUUAGAAGUGGGCUGAAAUGAAGUUAUAAAUUGGUUAAUCUAUAAUCGGAACUUUAAAAUGCAACAUAUCAAAUGCGUUGUAGUCGGUGACGGAAAUGUUGGGAAAACGUGCUUAUUGAUAUGCUUUUCCACGAAUACCUUCAAUGAAGAUUAUGUUCCCACAAUAUUUGAUAAUUACAAAACAACUAUAAUGGUGAAUGACAUUUAUGUAGAAUUAGGAUUAUGGGAUACUGCAGGUCAAGAAGAUUACGAUCGAUUCCGUCCAUUAUCAUAUCCACUAACGGAUGUAUUUCUUGUAUGUUUUUCACUUGUUCAUCGACCAAGUUUGGAAAAUGUAAUUCAAAGAUGGAUUCCAGAGGUCCGGCAUCACUGCCCAAGAACGCCAAUCGUUUUAGUUGGCACAAAAUUGGACAUUAGACAAGACGAAGUACCAAGAAAAUCAAAACAUGUUGACAAAAAUAGCCAGCUUAUAUCAUUCAGUGAAGGACAAUCUAUAGCAAAUAAAAUAAAUGCCGUAAAAUAUUUAGAAUGUUCUGCAAAGACUCAGGAAGGAUUGCAAAUGGUGUUUGAGGAGGCUGUAAAGGCUGUGUUAUUUCCCUCUGAGCAUAAACCAAAACGCAGACCAUGCAUUUUGUUGUGAAAUCGAUCAGAAUAAUAUACAUAAUAUAUUGUGUUUUAAUUGUAUACAGCGUUUGGAAAUACCAAAGCAAUUUCAUUAACCGACUAAAGACGUAUUUCUUUCUACUGAUGAAUUUACAUGAGUUUCCAUUAACCGUUGUUAAUCAAAUGCAAUUAUCAAAGAAAAUAUAUCAAGAUAAUAUAUACAAUCAAGGUCGAUGUAUCAUCUUAGAGUUUUACCGGAGAUACGUCGUUAGAUUAUUAAUGCUAUUGUAAAAGCCAUACUUUUUAAAAUCGGCGUUGCAUUCAUGGAACAUCGUACAAAAACAAUCUGUUUUUACUCAGAAGCUUAUGAACAUUCUUAAAGCAGUGAUAAAUCCAAACGCACCAGUGACUUUUUAAGAGUUAUGUCCAUUUAUCUAAAAUUUACCUACCUAAAAAUCUUAGCUACUACGUUUCAAAAUAACAAGCUUUUUAAAAGACUGUUAUAAAUACAUAGUAUGUAUAUAACGGAACUAAAUAAAGCAGAACAUUAUGCAAGGUACAUGUCCUUAUUUUUGAGAUACAAGACAUUGAAACUUUGGCGGGAAAUCA